CUCCGGAAGCAUGAACAGGAAAGACAGCAAGAGGAAAUCCCACCAGGAAUGCCCAGGGAAGUCCGUGGGUCGGGGCCGGCCCCGCCAGGCUCGCCGCCACAAGACAUGUCCCAGCCCCCGGGAAAUCAGCAAGGUCAUGGCGUCCAUGGCCCUGGGCAGGCUGGGUGAAGGCAGCUACAGCGAAGAUGAGCUGCUGGAGAGAUGCAUCCAGUCCUUCGAUUCAGCUGGCAACCUGCGCCGUGGGGAUCAUCUGCUCAACAUGGUCCUGGCCAUGCACAGCUGGGUGCUGCCCUCCGCCCACCUCGCCACCCGCCUGCUGACCUUAUAUCAGGAGGCCUCAGGAACCGCACAGGAGCCGAGGCGGCUGCAGAUCUGCCACCUGGUCAGGUACUGGCUGACUCAGCACCCUGAAAUGCACCAGGAGCCCCAGUUGGAAGAAGUGAUAGGUCGCUUCUGGGCCACCGUGGGUGAGGAGGGCAAUUCAGCCCAGAGGAACCUGGGUGACCCCUCCAACCUCCUCAGCCCAGGUGGCCCUGGGCCCCCAGCACCCAUGAGCAGCCCCGGCCUGGGCAAAAAGCGCAAAGUGUCCUUGCUUUUCGACCACCUGGAGGCGGGGGAGCUGGCGCAGCACCUCACUUACCUGGAAUUCCGCUCCUUCCAGGCGAUCACGCCCCAGGACCUGCGGGACUACGUUUUGCAGGGCUCGGUGCGGGGCUGUCCAGCCCUGGAGGGAUCCGUGGGUCUCAGCAACAGCGUGUCCCGCUGGGUACAGGUCAUGGUGCUGAGCCGGCCGGGACCAGCCCAGCGAGCACAGGUGCUGGACAAGUUUAUCCACGUGGCGCAGAGGCUCCACCAACUGCACAAUUUCAACACGCUGAUGGCCGUGACAGGAGGCCUGUGUCACAGCGCCAUCUCCCGACUCAAGGACUCCCACGUCCACCUGAGCCCUGACAGCACCAAGGCCUUGCUGGAGCUGACGGAGCUUCUCGCCUCCCAGCACAACUACGCCCGCUACCGCCGUGCCUGGGCCGGCUGCACAGGCUUCCGGGUGCCUGUUCUGGGAGUACACCUGAAGGACCUGGUGUCCCUACACGAGGCCCAGCCUGACCGGCUGCCAGACGGUCGCCUGCACCUCCCCAAACUCAACAGCCUCUACCUGCGGCUGCAGGAGCUGGCGGCCCUGCAGAGGCAGCACCCCCCAGGCAGUGCCAACCAGGACCUACUGCAUCUGCUCACGCUCUCCCUGGAUCUCUUCUACACCGAGGAUGAGAUCUACGAACUUUCUUACGCCCGGGAGCCCCGCUGUCCUAAGAGCCUGCCACCAUCCCCCUUCAAAGCACCCCUGGUGGUAGAGUGGGCCCCUGGCGUGACCCCCAAGCCUGACAGGAUCAGGCUGCGGCGCCAUGUGGAGCAACUGGUGGAGUCCGUGUUCAAGAAUUACGACCCUGAAGGCCGAGGGACCAUCACUCAGGACGACUUUCACCGGCUCUCGGGCAGCUUCCCCUUCGCCUGCCACGGGCUGCAUCCACCCCCCCGCCAGGGGAGCGGCUCGUUCAGCCGCGAGGAGCUGACGGAGUACCUGCUGCGGGCCAGUGCCAUCUGCUCCAAGCUGGGCCUGGCCUCCCUGCACUGCUUCCACGGGGUCACCUUCCGCAAGCCCACCUUCUGCGACAGCUGCAGUGGCUUCCUCUGGGGAGUCACCAAGCAAGGCUACCGCUGCCGGGACUGUGGACUGUGCUGUCACAAGCACUGCCGGGACCAGGUGAAGGCUGAGUGUAAGAGGCCGGGGACCAAGGGAGAUGGGGGCCCCUUGGCCGCGGCCAGCCCCCCAACACCCGCUCCUCCUGUCAGCUGUGCCUCUGAGGACAAUCCCUCCUACACGCUUUCCCUGGAACCAGAGACAGACAGCUCGCUGUGCCAUACCUGGACCCAGACAGAGCCCCCACCUUCUUCCUGGGAACCCGAGUCGGGACCCCUGCCAGCACCAGCCCAGUCAUCUGUCCAGCCCUCCGAGCCCAGCUCCUAG